ACUGUGCGCGUGACUGACUGACUGACACUACCCGUGUGUGUGUGUGUGUGUUAUGCCCUCCAGUGGACAGUCAGUGAAAACACGGGAUUAUUUAGCGGACAACUAUUUAUUAGCCGAGAUAUCGACUGACCCGACCCGACCCCCGAUACUAUCCCCGAAUUGACUGACCGUUUCGUGUUUGUGACCACACGUGUGUUGACCGGGGAGAUAAUCAAUUGAAAUAUACACAGAAAUGUCGGGAACAGCUGAUGAUGACUAUCCGAUGCCGUCCACGUCGACGACGGCGGCGUCGUCGUCGUCAAGCGGUAAUACAACAAUGGCCAAUAGUACUUUGGCCACUGCCGCCGCCGAUACGUCCAUUGCAAGCACCAGUGGUGAUGGUGGUCGCCGUCCGAAAGAUCAGACAAACAAUCACUAUUGCGACGACUAUUUCGAUAUCGACGACAUUGUGGCCAACAGUCAGCGUGUUUUGUGUACAUUUCAGAAAACUAUCGGCGGUAUCGGUCCGCUAGUCGACCCCAAUUCGGAUCAAUCGGAUAUCGAUGCCGGAACUAAACUCGAACUGCCGCUAUGGUUGGCCCGCGAACUCUAUACGGAAGGCUUGAUCGAUAUAACUGUACCGAAAGGCUACAAUCGGACCUAUCGGGAGAUUUUCGAAGCCGACGCCAACUGUGUUGAUCUACACAAACUGUGUCCACAGUACUACCGAUUCGGCCAACACUUGGCCCGUUUGAAUCUGGAUGAAUCCGAAGAUAUAGCGGCCAGUCUAGUGGAUACCUAUCACCAGCGUUAUCAUCGAUUGGUCAACUAUUCGCUGUCGGCAUCGGGCAGUUCAUCGGCCGCCGCCGGUGCCGAAACACUGGCCAACGUUGAACUGCACAAUUUUUGCCAACAAUUGGACAACGAUGAACGGCAACAGUUUGAUUGCGGUAAACAAGCUAUGGAUCAGAUGAAAGAGUGGCACAAUCGUAGCCUAGAAAAGAUUACGGCCAACGAAGUGGUGGUCAAUCUACGCAAACGUAAACAUAUUGUCAGUUCUACGGCGGAUACUGCGGCGGCCACGGCUGCUGCGGACAACUCGUAGCGAUUAUUAUUAUUAUUAUCAAUAGGUUUUUUUAUA